GCAGCGCUCUUCGCGUCGCGGGCGCAGCGCAGCGUGGACUUGGAGACGUUUCGGCAGCGAUACGCAGGACGACGCGACAGACGCCAAAGCCUCAUUUACAAGGACGCGGCUCUUUGUUUUUUUUUUAACGCUGAACUUUACUGGCUUUCAACUUCUCAUAUGUAACGUUGAAGCAGUUACUUCGCAGCCUCCUUAAACCUUUUUUUUCUCCUUCCAUCUUCCUCCUUUCGGCAAACGAAACUCGGAACUCUCCUUCGCGACGGCGGCAGUGCGUGCCCCCCCCUUGUCCUUAUCUUUAGGUCACUGUGACUAUUGAGAAAUAGAAAAUAUGUAAAGAGCUUCAGGAGGAAAAACAACUACAGAGCAACAGCUUUUUUUUUUUUUUUUUUUUUUUUAAAGAUCCCCCCAAAACGAGAGGAUGAUCCCACCGGCCAACAUGAUCCAGGACGAAAGAGGGAGCAAAGAGGACGACCAGGACAAGAAUGAGACCCCCGAAUCCCCUUCAGCGAACCCCAGCCAGCAGGAAACCAAGAACACUGUGAGGCCUGCCCAUCACAAGCGCAAGCUGCAGAGACUCAAGCGCUCCUUGUCCUUCAAGACCAAGAGCGUCCGCAGCAAGAGCGCCGACAACUUCUUCCGAACGAGCGGCGACAACAAGGCGGAGCUGCUCUCAGAUGUGAGCAGCAGCACGGGACAUCUGUGCAAUAUCGGCAUGGCCCCGCCGCACACCACCCACCACCCCAUCCCCCCGGUGCCCCCAGCCAUCCCCUCCGCGCCUCCGCCCACGUCGCGCUCCCAGUCGCGCAACCCGCUGCAGGUGGACUCGGCGGGACACUGCUUCAUGGAGCACAUCUUCAAGAAGCCGACGUUCUGCGACGUCUGCAACCACAUGAUCGUAGGCACAACAGCCAAGCACGUGGUGUUCCUGGCCGGAAACACGGCGAAGCACGGCCUCCGCUGCAAAGCCUGCAAGAUGAGCCUUCAUCACAAAUGUGAGAAUGGAGUGGGACAGCAGCGCUGCAUGGGCAAGCUGCCAAAAGGCUUUCGACGGUACUACAGCUCCCCGUUACUGAUCCAGGAACAGUACGGCUGCAUCAAAGAAGUCAUGCCCAUCGCCUGUGGCAACAAGGUGGACCCGGUGUACGAGGCCUUGAGGUUUGGGACGUCGUUGGCACAGAAGGCCAAGAGGGCCAGUGGAUCCGAUUCUCCACACAGAAACUCGACCAGUGACUUGGACAACGUCCCAGAAGAAGUGGUGGCUCACAGCAGUAGGCAGGAGUUGUCAAGAAAACACAGCGAUGACGUUUUCACAGUCAUUGAGAACGGGACAGAUUAUUACCUCCAGCCGGAGAGAAAACCUGACGACAUGCUGUUGGAGCAGAGCCAACUACCGAAGGACGUCCUCAAACUCAACACCUACGUGGCCUUGUUCAGCUUCACCCCCCAAGACAGCCACGACCUGGACAUGAGAGCGGGAGACAGAAUCUUGGUGGCUGAUGACUCCAACGAUGACUGGUGGAAGGGGGUAAUUGAGGACAGGAUCGGUUUCUUCCCAGCAGCCUUUGCUCAUCAGGUGCGGAUCGAGGACCAGGUGUUCAGGUGUAACAGGACGUUCAUUGGCUGUAAAGAACAAGGCCAGAUCACCCUGAAGGAGGGACAGAUCUGUGUGAGCAGUGAGGGCGAACACAGCGGCUUCAUCCGGGUGGCGAGUGGAAAGAAGAGAGGCUUCGUGCCCUGUGAUGUUCUGGAAAUCCUCUGAGAGAAACAGACAGAUGAAGUGUGAAAGAGAGCGACAGAAGGUCAUCUGGAGGUCAGAGGAGGAUGGGCUUGAUUCUGCAACAUGGCUACAAGAAACCAGUGGGAACCUUCGCCUCUUCAGAAAUUUGAAGUUGGAUGUGAAAAAAUAGACUGUCAGCACCUUCCUCACUGCCUGUCGGCACACACACAGACCGACAUGAGAUUUCACUGGAUUUCAUUUAAUUUAUAGAGCCAACGUGUUUGUUUAUUUUCCGUUUAGCUUUAAUCCGCUACAAGCUGUUUAUUUCUUUUAAAGGGAACUGCUGUCUGCCCGUUUAAGCCAAAGAAAAGGAAACAAGCACUUACAAUGAUACACAGUACAAUGAUUCAUUUUUAAGGCUUCAGCACAAACAAUGUCAUUCCUCUUAGAAAUAGUUUCGUUUUUUGUGCUUUUACAUUAUGUUGAUUCCUUUAGACCAAAAUGUGUGGUUAUUGUGGAUGACAAAAUCCUUUAACGUCAGAAGAG